ACUUGGAAGAUGUCUGGAAGUUGGCAAUGAAGAUAAGUAGUGCCAUUGCAGAAGGAUUAGGUCUCGAAAAUGAUUACAUAGAGAAAUCACUUGGUGAAGGUUGUCAAAUUGUUGCCUCAAAUUACUACCCUCCAUGUCCAGAGCCACAUCUUACUUUAGGUCUCUCUGCACAUUCAGACCACGGAGGUCUUACCAUUUUGAUGCAGAAUGAUGUCGAUGGAUUGCAAGUUCGGUACAAUGACACUUGGAUCCCAGUCCAUCACGUUACUGGCACACUCGUUGUAAACAUUGGCGAUUACUUGGAGAUAUUGAGCAAUGGGAGGUACAAGAGUGUGGAACAUAGAGCUGUGGUCAAUGAGGACAAGACUAGGAUUUCGAUAGCUGUGGGUCAUGGGCCUGAUCUGAACUCCAUAAUAGCGCCUGCACGCGCCCUUGUCGACGAGAAGGAUGAACCUCCUCUUUACAAGCCCAUUGUUUACAGAGACUAUAUGAGAUGUCAACAGAGCUGUGCAGUGAGAGGAAAAGAACCACUAGGAAUUGUAAAGACCAAUGCAUCCUCAACAUCAUCAUCAUCAUUAGAGAUUUCAUCACCGCAGUAGCUACUUCAUCAUCCUCAGAGUUAGCAUCAUCAGCCAGAGUUUUAUGUUAAUCACAUUAAACUUGAAGAAUUAUUGGAAGUUAGGUUCAAUGGAGACUAUUGGAGCUGCAACAAGUUUGGAAACCAAGUUUUACUUGGUUGUUACGUUUAAGAGUUUGUCUAGAAUGUUCUAGAAGUUUGCCAAGCUAUACUUGGAAGCUACGUUUG